AUGCGUCUUUUACUUAUUGGAGGUAUCGCUGAAAUUGAUGUCAAUGAUUUGAAGGAACAUACCAAUUACCAAGGAUAUACAGAAUCAGAUGAGAUUAUACAGUUUAAAGACUUACAAGGAAGUGAUGGACCUCGUAGAUUCACAAUUGAAAAAGUAAUAGAUAUCACUCAGUUGCUGAAGAGUCAUACCUGUGUUAGUAAUAAUGAUUCUAACUCAACAGACUCAAUUUUGUCAGAAAAAGAUAUUACAAAAUUCAAAGCUAAGGUUAUAAUCGAACUUGAUAAAUCUGAUUCAAUUCCAGCAAAAUGGUUCACAUUUGAAUUAGAUAAUUUUGGCAUUUUUCAAGAUAGUCUAGUUAAACAUAUUCAAAUAUGCAUUAAUAAUGAUAAUUUCAAUAAAAAUGAUAUUUAG